ACUGGCCUCUAUCCUGGUGCAACAUAUGAGAUUUAUCUUGAGUAUAACCUGGACUCCACAGUGCUUCCUCAGUGUAGCAUCAAAAUACCCAUCAUUCCUCCUUCAGUAACUGCUGACUGUAGCUACUGGGCCUCUGGUUAUGGUGCUAGGAUUAACGUGAAACCACUCGAUGGUGUGCUGACGGCUGUUGUAGUUACAAUAAAUAAAGAGAUUUUAACAAUAAAUGAAACAGUUAUUAAAACUGGACUCAUUGUAAAGGGACUUCAACCCGCCAAAAGAUAUGAAGUCUCUUUGGUUUCACAGCUGGAGGCAGAAAAUUUGAUCAGACGAUCUGAACCAUCAGUUUUUUUCUGUUCGACUGAUAACAGAGGAGUCAUUGCAGGAUCAUUGGUUGGUGUGCUGCUAUUGGUUGUUCUGAUCUGUUUGAUUGUAUUUAUCGUCCGUAAAAAAACAGAUUUGAUCCGAAGAAAGAAAUCCUUUCUUUCUAGAUCCCAAAGGUCAGAGUCAAAAAUAAUUUCUGUAGUGGAAUUCCCAAAACACUUCUAUCAUCUUGGAUUGGAUGAAAACAGAGGUUUCAGUCAGGAAUAUGAGGGCCUUGCGUCUGUUGGUACAAAGCAGACAUGUAAGGCAGCUGUUCUACCAGAGAACAAAGAGAAGAACAGUUUUAACAUCCUGCCCUAUGACUGGUGUCGGGUGAAGCUUAACACAUCAACACCCAAUGAGACCUCAGACUAUAUCAAUGCCAGUUACAUACCAGGCUACAGCAGCAAAAGAGAGUACAUUGCCACUCAGGGUCCUCUGCCCUCCACAGUCAGGGACUUCUGGAGGAUGGUUUGGGAACAAAGAGUGAAGUGUAUCGUCAUGGUUACCAACUGCAUUGAAGGAGGACGGACCAAAUGUGAGCGAUACUGGCCUGAACGGACCAAGUGGCUUCAUUAUGGGGAUGUGUUUGUCACUGGAGUGUCUGAGCUGAAGCAACCUAAGUGGACUCAAAGGGAGUUCAGACUGAAGCAUAGGAGCAGCUCAGUGGAAACAACAGUCAAGCAUUUCCACUUUACUGUCUGGCCUGAUCGUGGAGUUCCACAAAGCACAGAGGCCCUGAUCCGGUUCAGAGGAAUCAUUAGAUGGCACAUAGAGAAAGACAGGUCUGAGGGACCAACUGUGGUUCACUGCAGUGACGGAGUAGGAAGGACUGGUACUUUCAUCGCCCUGGACGUACUGCUUCAGCAGGUGGUGAGAGAACAAGCAGUCAACAUCAAGGCCUUUUUACACAAAAUGAGAGAACAUCGACCACACAUGGUGCAGACAGAGUCCCAGUAUGUUUUCCUGCACCAGUGCAUCCUGGACAGCCUUCAACCACAUGUGACCCAAGAAGAACACAUUUAUGAAAAUGAUGACGACUUGAUAUACGAAAACACCAUCCCACUUCAAGAGCUUCCUUAA